AUGACGCCGCUGAAAUCUGCAGUGGCUGUGGCGCCGGUACGCUACUUUAGCUUCAAGGAUUUCCUAUCAGAAGCAGAGGCCGCCGCCUUCUUCGAGGUGUCGCACGCCGAGCAGGUGGCCAAAGUAGAGCAGUACCUCGAAUUCUUGGGCCAGCAGCCCAAUUCGACGCAGUUUUCGGCAUCGUCCAAGGCGUCCAUCAGCUCGGCAGAGCUUCGAGAAGACUCGGCGGCCAAGUCGUAUCCGGACGACGGUGGGACGUUCGUCCUAGACGCAGCACUAUUGCAGCAAGUUUUGGAUGGACGCACUCGCAGCGGGUUCGGUGCCUUUGGCACUGAGCCGGGAUUCUUGCCACAAAAGAGAUUGUGUUUAACUGUCGCCCACGUUAUCGAAGAAAUUGGGCACACAUACAUCGUCGAGCGUAAUAAGCGCGGUAUCGUAAAGCCACCGGUGCUAAACAGCCGGAGCUUCUUUUUCUACUGGUGCCACGCAGAGAAGCAGAAGCUCAUGGACAUCCGCGAAAAGCUAAACGCAAAGAAGGUUCCACCACAAUUGAGAUGUCUGUACUGGCAACGAAUCGUGAUUGUCGUGGACCGAGCCAUGUGCGACGAUUGUGUUCGAUUCGUCGAGUGCUUUGCACGUUUUGAGAAAGCAUGUAUCUGUAUCCGAGACCCGGAUGUAACGCGAGAGUUUUCUCCUUCUACCACUUUACAAGUGUCGUAA